AUGUUUAAACAUACUCAAUUAAAUACUUUUAUUUAUUUAUCAAUUAAAAUCUUGCAAAUAUUCAAAAAAUAAUUUAAUUUUUCUUAUGUCAACACCAUUCUUCACAGUGAAAGUAUGAAUAACUAUUUAAAUUUAAAAGGACGUACCUGCAUAAGAUUUCAUUCGUGCUUAUGCUGA